AUGGCAUCCAGAUGCUUGGCUGUCUUGUUGGCGGCCGCCUCGGUGCUGGCCAGGACACCGCCCGGAUUCACCCCUUCAUCAGAAACCGACCUCGUGGUUGAGUACAAGGGCUUCGCUCCCAUGAACGGAGCGGUAGUCAGCAAGAGCGUAACGGCUGCUGAACCGCGCAUCGGCACUCUCGCCCGCCUCAACGGCAGCUCUUACGCCGUCAUCAUGAUCGACCUGGACAUCCCGACCAACAACCCCCCCAAAACCAACACGCUCCUGCACUGGAUGCAGACUGGCCUCGUGCCAGCCGCCAGCGUAACCACGCUGAACAGCACCUCCGGCCCGAUCCGCGCGUUCCUUCUCGAGAACCGCUCCAACAGCACCGCGCUGGCGCCCUACAUCGGGCCCAACCCGCCCGCGCGCGUCCCGCUGAGCCACCGCUACACGCAGAUCCUGGUCGACACGAGCGGCCUGACGGAGCGGGGCAUGUUGGCGCUGCAGACGGCGGCGAAGAACCGCAGCGGGUUCGACGCGCCAACCGUCCUUGCCAGCGCCGGGCUCACGGGGAAGGUCGCGGCCGGGAACUCGUUCAACGUCACGAACCCGGGGCCGGCCGUGGCUGCGAACACCACCGGCAGUGCAGCGGACGGGGGCCAAGGCAGCGCGAGUGGCACGGCCGGGGGAACUGGGGCUGGCGCGGCGGCGAGGCCGGAGACGGUCCUGGUUGGGGGACUCGGCCUAUUUGCGGUAUUGUUGCUGGGUCUGUGA